GAUAACGUACUAAAAGUGACAAGUUUCGGGAACACCAGAACGAAAUAAAUACCGAGACAAAAUACAAAGCGCGGUUCUUGUAAACCCUCGUAGUCCAUAUCUCCUACCAUCGCAGUAUUGGCGGCCUUCUGUCUGUGGUGGUGCCGCUACUUCGUUUCUUCGCCGAGAUAAAUUAAAAUUUCAAAAUGGUGAGUGGGAAGCGACCUUAUGGUCAGAGGGACUAUAAUGGAGACAAUAAGGGGUACAAGAGAAGGAUUACUGAACAAGAUGACUGGGUUAGUGAUGAACUUGUUGUUUACCGAAUACUUUGCCCUGAUGAGGUCAUUGGAAGUGUUAUUGGUAAGAGCGGGAAAGUGAUAAACUCAAUAAGGCAAGAAACGAGGGCAAAGAUUAAGGUGGUUGAUCCGUUUCCUGGUGCUAAGGACCGUGUUAUAACAAUAUUCUGCUUCGUUAAGGAUAAGGAGGAUGUGGAAGUUGAUGAUGAGUUCAAUGAUAGGCAAACAUUAUGUGCAGCCCAAGAUGCUCUUCUUAAAGUUCAUGCUGCCAUUGCUAAUGCACUGGCUUCUGCUGGAGAUUUAGACCGGAAACAGAGGGAUAAGGAACAAUGCCAAAUUCUUAUCCCUUCAAGCCAAUCUGCUAAUGUCAUUGGUAAAGCAGGAUCGACUAUAAAAAAGCUUAGAAGCAAGACGAGGACCAGUAUAAAAAUCAGCCCCAAGGAUGCCACUGAUCCAAUUCAUUCGUGUGCCAUGGAAUUUGACAAUUUUGCUGUGAUAUCUGGAGAACCUGAGGGAGUAAGACGGGCAUUGUUUGCAAUAUCUUCAAUUAUGUAUAAGUUCCCUCCCAGAGAAGAGAUUCCUCUUGAUACAAAUGUAAGCGAAGCCCCUCCUAAUAUAAUUAUCCCAUCCGAUGUCCCUCUGUAUUCAGCAGGAGGACUAUAUCCAAGUGCAGAUCCUAUUCUUCCUCCCAGAUCUAUUCCACCGAUGCUUGGUGCUCAACAUGUUCAGGAUCUUCAUGAUUACCCUGAUAGUGGGAAUGCAUGGCCUCUUUAUUCAUCUGCUCUUCCUGUGGUUCCUGGUGGUAUUAGUGGUCAUCCUCCAUCGGAGGAGUUGGUGGUUAGAGUAUUAUGCCCCUUUGAUAACAUUGGCCGUGUCAUUGGUAAAGGUGGGGGUACCAUUAAAAGCAUAAGGCAAGCAAGUGGUGCUCGUGUGGAGGUGGAUGACACCAAGCGUGAUUGUGAUGAAUGCAUUAUUACUAUCUCGUCAUUUGAGUCCUUGGAUGAUCUGAAGUCAAUGGCUGUUGAAACUGUGUUAUUGCUGCAAGAAAAGAUUAAUGAUGAUGAAGGUGGUAUGGUGAUUAUGAGACUACUUAUUCCAUCUAAAGUUAUUGGUUGUAUUAUAGGAAAAAGUGGUUCAAUCAUCAAUGAGAUUCGGAAGUCAACUAGAGCUGAUAUCCGUAUUUCUAAGGGUGACAAACUUAAGUGUGCUUCUUCCAGUGAUGAACUUGUUGAGGUAACUGGUAAAGUUGGCUGUGUGAGAGAUGCAUUGGUCCAGAUUGUGUUAAGGCUUCGUGAUGAUGCUUUGAAAGAGAGGGAUGUUGGUCAUAACUCUGCUAUCGUUACUGAUUCAAUGUACACAUCAGGUUCCAGUUUUUCAAUGCCAUCUGUCUUGCCUUCUGUUUCUCCUGGGGCUCCACCAAUGGGCUAUGAUCAGAGGGCUGAAAGUGGUAGUGGAUUAAGUGUUCUCUCUUCAAGUGGCCUAUAUGGAUAUGGAUCACUGUCGAUGGGAGACAAUGGCUAUGGAUCCAUGUCCUCAUAUUCAUCCAAGUUGUAUGGAGGGCUGCCUCCUCCAUCUUCUCUCGAGAUGUUGAUCCCAGCAAAUGCAGCUGGUAAAGUAAUUGGAAAAGGAGGGGCUAAUAUUGCCAACAUUAGGAAGAUAUCUGGAGCGUUGAUAGAGAUCUCAGACUCUAAGUCAUCACGAGGUGAUCGCAUUGCUCUUAUAUCUGGUACAUCUGAACAGAAGCGCACGGCUGAAAACUUGAUUCAGGCAUUUAUAAUGGCUACAUGAGAAGAAAGAUGACUUUUUUGGAAGUUACUAGAUGAAAAUCUUCCAUAUCUGAUCGUCCUCUGUAGAUCUCCCUAGGUUCAGUUCUGGAGAAGGGUUCCUCUUUUAGCCUUCAAAUUCUUCAGUUUUUUUUCCCAUUAAAUGCGCAACAAGAUGAAAUGGGAGGAUCUACAGCAGGUUCAUAUCUAGGGUUCCUAGAGCUUUUGUUUCUUAAUCUAUUCUUCUGUGGAUUCUUAGAACUUUUAGGAUCUUUCCUUUCAUACUUGUAUGUCUGGCCUUAUCUUUUAUCAGUUGGAAGUUCUCAUUUCCUAUGCUGUCAUACUCGCAUUAUAUGAUGAUUAUGCCAGAUGAGUUCCAGGAUGGUCGUUAUUCUCAA